CACACUCUGCUCUGACAGGAAAUUGACAAUGGAAAGCAGCGGUUCUUGUUUUCAGCUGAAUGUGAUGAUGGUAAUGAAGAUGGCUGCUGUCUCCACCACCACUCUGCUCCUGCUCUGCUACCUCAUCACCUCCACAGAUUCUCGGGCUAACUGUGACCAGUAUGCAGUGACAGGCGGGGACUUGACUCUGAUUCUGAACCACACACUGGGAAAUUUAGAAAAAUUGAAAUGGAAGCACAAUGAUGUAACAGUCUUUUAUCGACAACCGAUCAACAAAUAUCUCACCGGGACCAAAGAGGAUGUUUCUGAAAAUGGAUCUCUGAAGCUGAAAAGUCUGUCGAAAAACAAAGCAGGGAGAUACACCCCCGAGGUUCAUGAUCAAAAUGGACAAGCAAUACAGAAUUUGAAAAGCAUACAAUUAUGUAUACUGGAUCCUGUCCAGAAGCCUAAAGUGGAGUUUAAGUGUUCCCCACCCACUGUAACUUUAACCUGCAAAGUUAAUCAGACCAAGGAUACCAAAUUUAAAUGGUUUCAGAAUAAUAAAGAGUUGGAAAAGAUGGAAGGUCCGGUUCUGAAUGGGACAGCUGAAGCUCUGGAAGAAGAUUCCUUCAGAUGUGAAGUUUACAACUUUGUCAGCAAUGAGACCAGUGACCCUGUUGACAAACCCUGCUAUAAGCCCAACCCUGUCCCAAAGCCUAACGUGACGUUCAACUGUUCCCUACCCAAUGUUAUGUUAGCCUGCAAUGUUGGUCAGGCCAAGGAUACCAAAUUUAAAUGGUUUCAGAAUGACAAGGUGUUGGAAAAGGAGAAAGAUCCGGUUCUGAAACUAAAUGCUGAAACUGUGGAAAAUGAUUCCUUCAGAUGUGAAGUUUCCAACCGCGUCAGCAAUAAGACCAGUGACCCUGUUGACAAACCCUGCUAUAGGCCCAAGUCUUUUUUAUAUGAAGAACUGUGUGGAAUUGAAAUCUGGGUUUUCAUUGCUAUCGGAGGAGCUAUUGUUCUGCUGCUGAUUAUCAUCGUCAUUGUUUGCUGCCAGACCAGAAGGAAGAAACGCUCGCAACUGAGUGAAUGGCAUCUGAUUGGACAGACAAUUUUUCACUUCCCCCUCAGGCACCGAGACGAGUUGACAAGUUGAUGAUGAGCAGCCUCUUCCUCUUCCUCAGCCCAGAAAGAAAUCCCCCCAAAACACGAAGAGUGUGACACCCUGUUAGUGUUGGAGUUUAGUUUCUGGGUUCACCUGCUCUUCUUAUCGUCUUAACCAUUUUGUUGUCUUUCCUUUUUCAUUUUGUCUGACAGGAGUUGCACAUUGUAAGUAAUACCAGGACAGAAGCGUGAAGGGAAAGCAAAGAAGAUGAAAGGAAGUAAGACAGAAGUACCAAAAAAACAAUGUUGAAUUAGAUUUCAAUAGAAGCUCUUUAUUACAUUCCUGUCAUAUCACAUAUACAUUCUGCUAUGUGGCCUAACUUCUAAUGUCACUGUGAUAUUUUAAAAUAUUCAAUUAAUAUUUCUCUAUAAUUAAAAUUAUAUUUAUACCCUAAUUUUAUCCACAUUUAUCUUUUAAUUUGUUAUGUAAAGUUAGUAGCUAUCGCAGUGUGGUUCUGUGUGUUCUGCUGUAGCUGCUCAACUAUUUCUGAUAUUACUCUACUAUAACAGCCAGAGUAUCAGGUGUAACCUCAAUAUUAUAGGGAAUGUGGCUGCUGGACCAGCCGGUGAAAUUGAGACAUUAGCAUAAGCUAACUAACAUCCAACAUGGCAGGUUAUCUUUUGCUGGCAUAAUAAUAUAUCUCGAAAAUAUGUAGGGGAUGAUUAUUAUUAUCUUUUAUAUUGUUUUUUUUCCCCUGUUGUUUGUUUGUUACUGAAAAUCUACUAAGUAAGAAACUUGGAUAUGGUAUAUGAAACUAAGUACUUUAAAUUUGCAUUUCUAUUUUCUGCUGCUUUAUUCUUCUACUCCAGUAUGACAAAGGAAAAGACAGAGGAUGAAUUGUAUAAUUGUUUAACCUAGGGGUGACCCCGAAUAGUCAAAGAUUGGAUGCGUUAUGAAAUGAGGAUCAUGCCGUUUUGGCUAUAUGGGGGUGCCUAAUCUCUGAUUUUACAUAUAAAUACUGUUGAGAGAGAGAGAGUUUAAAUUGGCUUCUGGCUGACCACAACAUUAAAAUGAAACAAAAUUAAAAUUAUUUAAAAUUCUUUUAUUUAAUCAAAAUUUUAUUUGUAGCUGAUGGAGUGUUUAUGGAGUAUCAUACUGUACUAUUGCCACUUUUCAUCAAUUACAGAUCCUCAGUUCUCCCAUUUCUGUGCAAGUAAUCCAGCUUGCAUGUAUUGGUCUAAUGGUCCAGCUGGGGACCUUUUAUUCCAUCUCCCUGCUGUCUGAUAAAACUGCCCAAAAAGUUCUUUUAAAAACUGGAAUGAGGGUUUAUGCAGUUUUUUCCAAAACCUGAUCAUAACCAGAAUACUUGUGUGUAUAGGUAAACACAUUUCAUCUCUUUCAUUUCUUUGCUGAUGAUUCCUCACUCUAACUUUAAAUAACAGGAAAUUCACCCUGAAGCUUUAGUUGAUCUAACAGAGAUGAACCUGUGUAUCUGAUCCCAAUCCAUCUUGAAAACGAAUGUCUCUUUCUUGGUUUUUUGCCUUCGUUGUAAUGUCCCUUUUGUAAUGUAACUUUGCUCAUCACUGCACCAAUCGAUUUGUGUUGGAUAAUGUGGCCUGGGUUUUAAAGACUGAAGAAGAUACUCAAGAUGUGUAUUUGUUAAUAUAUUUUUAUAUAUGUAAUAUCACAUUUUAUUUUUUGCACUUAUUACAAUAUAUUGCUUAUGUGCCACUGUUAUAUAUUACUCCAUUUCAUGCUUUGUUUGAUAUGCUAAUUCAGAUUUUAAUUGUACUCUCAUGUCAUGUUAAAAUAUAUAAUACAAAUAAAUAUUGCAUGGAGCAGUUAAUCAGU